AUGGCGUCUGUAUCGCCACCUAAGCCCUGGGAGAGAGCUGCUGCCGGAGCAAGCACAGCAUUACCUGCUUCUACCCCCAGCGCUUCAACCAUGACUCCUGCAGCGCCCACAUCGGCACCCGCCGCAGGGACCAUAACCGGAUCUGCACCAUCAACAACAUCAACCUCCACACCCAGUCUACCCUCUCGACCUGACAGUCUCAAUGCAGUCGUCAACCGAACAGCAUCGACAUACUCUCCCUACGGCGCAAACAGAUUCGGCGCAACUCCUUACAGCACAUACGGCGGAUACGGAGGCUACUCAUCACCAUAUUCGCGAUUCGGUUCCAUGUAUGGCGGCUACGGAGGCUAUGGUGGCAUGUACGGAGGCAUGGGUGGUAUGGGCGGGAUGUACCCCGGCAUGCCAGGUGAUCCCAAUGAUCCGAACAGUUUGACGAAUUCAUUCAGUCAAAGCACCGCUGCGACGUUUCAGAUGAUUGAGAGUAUUGUGGGCGCUUUUGGGGGUUUUGCGCAAAUGCUUGAGAGUACUUAUAUGGCCACACAUAGUUCGUUCUUUGCAAUGGUAUCCGUGGCAGAACAAUUCGGAAACCUCCGCAACACAUUAGGCUCCGUGCUUGGCAUCUUCACUUUAAUACGAUGGUUCAGAACGUUAGUCGCGAAGCUGACCGGCCGUCCUCUGCCAGCUGAUGCAACUUCACUUACCCCAUCUGCAUUUUCUGCGUUUUUGAGCGGUCGAUCUGCGCCAGCGACAUUACCUGAUGGCAGCCCUGCUCCUCCGCGACCUUCCCGAAAACCAUUUUUCAUGUUCAUUCUCGCUGUUUUUGGUUUGCCGUAUCUAAUGGGCAAACUUAUUCGUUCUUUGGCUCGUUCGCAGGAAGAAGAAGCCCGUCGCCAACAGGCAGUUAUGGGACCAAAUGGAGAGAUCCAAAGUGCUCCUCUCGAUCCUUCAAAGCUAGACUUUUGCCGCGUGUUAUAUGAUUAUACUCCUGAUGCCCAAAAUACAGCCGGAAUUGAUCUUGCCGUGAAGAAAGGCGAUAUUGUCGCUGUCCUCAGCAAAUCAGACCCAAUGGGCAACCCAUCGGAAUGGUGGCGAUGCCGUGCUCGUGACGGCGGCGUUGGCUAUCUACCCAGUCCAUAUCUCGAAACUAUCCAACGACGGCCAGCACAAGCAGCCAUUACCGCAGGCACCGCGACCAGCGCGCCCGGCAGUCGCACCAGCACAAUGACCACCAAAGUCGACGGCGGCGCAAACCAGCGAUCGCAAAGCAUGACCUCUGUUUCAAAGGACACUGUCAAGCCUGCUAUAUCCGGGAAACUGGGAGAUAUCACUGCGGAAAGUUUUCAAAAGAGCGCUUUUAAUAGUUCAUAA